UAGCGAAACUUUUUCAUUUCAUUACUGUGGUUUUAUUAGAAAUGUCAAACGUCUCAAGAGCUGUCGACGAAGAUUUAGAAAAUUUGUUAUUAUCGAUACAACACUGUUUAGAACGUAUAGAUAGGAACGAUAUUCUUGGUAACUUCAAUUUUUUAGAACAUUUAUGUGAUCGCCUUGAAGGACAUAUUCGAAUAAUAAUGGCCAUCUCCUUAGUCCUUAGAAAUCAACAACAUCCCAUAUCGCCGCUCAUAGCAAACUUACUCAAUAUAUUAAGACAAAAACUUCAAUUUCUGCGAACACAGAUUACUUUAUGUAAUGAGGAAGUUGCGAUACGUUGUAGAAUUCCAGUCCCGCAAGAAGCAAGCUCUGGAGGCAGACGUAGAUACAUUGUUACAGCAGACCAAAUUGAAGAAUUACGCAGUACGGGUAUGAAUUGGAAAGCCAUUGCCAGUUGCCUUGGAGUGAGUGCCAAAACUCUUUACAGAAGAAGAAUAGACUAUGGUAUAGCAAACACUUACUGUGACAUAACAGAACAAGAGCUUGAACGAUACAUUAGAGAUAUUUUAAGAUUGACACCCUUCUCUGGCGAAACUUACGUAAGAGGAGCUUUGCGUGGUCGGGGUAUUCAUAUCCAAAGGUGGAGAGUUAGGGAAGCAUUAGAAACUAUUGACCCUAUUAACCGUGCCAUAAGACGAAGAUACGCUAUACAAAGGCGGGUGUACAAUGUGAGGAAACCAAAUCAUCUCUGGCACAUUGACUCCAAUCACAAACUCAUCACUUGGAGAUUUGUCCUGCAUGGUUGCAUCGACGGCUAUAGCAGAACUAUUAUUUAUUUGAAAUGCUUCACGAACAAUCUUGCGCAUACUGUUUUGCAAUGUUUUGUCAAUGGUGCACAAAGAUUUGGGAUUCCAUCUCGCGUACGUGGCGAUAGGGGGGUGGAAAAUGUACACGUUGCACGGUUUAUGAUAGCUAAUAGAGGUCUAAACAGAGGAAGCUUCAUAGCCGGACGCAGCGUGCAUAACCAAAGAAUUGAGCGCCUUUGGGCGGAGGUGAAUAGAGUGAGUUCCUCCUAUUAUAAAGAUCUAUUCCAAUUUAUGGAGGAAAGCGAGCUUCUUGAUGCGCACGAUGAAAUCGAUUUGUAUGCUCUGCACCAUGUUUACAUUCCUGCAAUACAAGCCUCACUCAAUGAGUUUGUCAACCAAUGGAAUCAUCAUGGACUUCGAACUAUGCGGAGUAUGUCGCCCCUAGCACUAUGGCGUUCUGAGCUUAAUGAAACUGAUUUAACAGACGUUAAUAUCGAUAAUGUAAAUUUAUAUGGCAUUGAUCCUGAUGGCGCGGGUGAUAUCGAAACGGACAAUAUGGUUGUUGUCCCUGAAAAUUCAGUUGAGUUGACCGAAGAUCAUGUCAAUGAAAUACGCCGCCUUGUUCCGGAACCUUUAAGUGAUGACGGCAAUCACGGAAUUCACCACUACCUCACAGUUCGUCAAUAUUUGCAAAAUAUUUUUCAGGAACAAUAGAAACUAUUUAAUGAAAGAUUAUUAGAAUGAAUUGAGCCUUAAAAAUAUACCAUUUUAUCAACAA